CCAGAACAAUGUCAAAGCAGCAGCCAAACAGACCCUGAAAAGAAAACCCUUUCACUGUCCCUCUGGUAAUGGCGGGAAAAUCUAGCGCCGAGGGAGCAUAAAACAAAUAAAGGCAACACUUUCAUUUUCGUUCAAUCUACUAAGAAAGAGAAGAGAGAGAUGGAAUUUAGAGGAUUUCCUUACAAGCCUUACUCCAUCCAGAUUGAUUUCAUGAAAGCUCUUUAUCACUCCUUGAAUCAAGGCGGCGUCUCCAUCCUCGAGAGCCCCACCGGGACCGGCAAGACUCUGAGUAUAAUAUGCAGUGCUUUGCAAUGGGUGUAUGAUAGGAGGCAACAAGACAAGUCCAAAGUACAAGUUCAAUCUCCUCAUCAUUCAACAGAUGAUGCGCAUAUUGGCUCUGAUGAUGAACCUGACUGGCUCAGAAACUUUGUCCCCAACAAAGACAAUCUUACGCAGGAGAAGAAAAUCAACAAGAAAUUCGGUUUUGGAGGAUGUGAUAGGAGGAGAAAUCGCAAGGAAAGUUGCAAAGACCUGUUUUCACGUGAUUUGGAGGAGGAGGAUUGUAAUAAGAGGGGUGAGAAUAAGUGUUCGCGGAAGAAAAAUGAUGGAGUGGAAUUGAGUGAUGAUGAGUUUUUGUUAGAUGAGUAUGAAAGUGAAGAGGAAGGAGCUCUUGGAGGUGGGAAAUCAAAGAGGAAGGCUGGUGGGGUUUCUAUUAGUUCAUCUAGUGAUGAGGAAGGAGAAAAGGAUGGCCCUGAUGGUGAGGAGGAAGAGGAGGAGAAGGCGUUCAAGAUUUACUUUUGUAGUCGGACGCAUUCACAACUCUCACAGUUUAUCAAAGAGUUAAGGAAAACUCUUUUUUCCAAUGAAAUAAAUGUUGUGUGUUUGGGCUCCAGGAAGAAUUUCUGCAUUAACGAAGAGGUUUUGAAACUUGGGAGCUCUGUGCGUGUUAAUGAAAGGUGCUUGGAGCUUCAGAAGAACAAGAAAAAUGAAGUCUCCAAAAUCAAGAAUUUCAGCGCUGAGGGAAGAAUACGUCGAACCAAGGCUUCUUCUGGCUGUCCAAUGCUUAGAAAACAUAAACUACAGAAGGAAUUUAGGAAUGAGACAUCUCAACAUGGAGCAUUGGAUAUUGAAGAUCUUGUUCGCAUUGGAAGAAGUAUUGGAACUUGUCCAUAUUAUGGCUCCCGAAGCAUGGUCCCAGCAGCUGAUCUUGUUGUUCUCCCCUAUCAGUCUCUUCUAUCAAAAUCAUCUCGUGAAUCGCUUGGCCUCAAUUUAAAGAAUAGUAUCAUAGUAAUAGAUGAGGCUCACAAUCUAGCUGACUCCCUCAUCAGCAUGUAUGAUGCGAAAAUAACUUCAUCACAGUUGGAGAGUGUGCACUCCCACAUAGAGAAGUACUUCACAAGAUUUCGCAAUCUCUUGGGACCUGGCAAUCGAAGAUAUAUUCAAACUUUGAUGGUCCUCACUCGAGCUUUCCUGCAAACUCUAGAUAACAAGAAGGAUUUGAGUAAUGUAAAUAAUUACCAAGCUGAAGAAAUAGCUGCUGACAUGAAAGCUGUCUGUGACACUUCUAUAGCCAUUAAUGAUUUUCUAUUUUCUCUCAAUAUAGACAACAUUAAUUUGGUUAAAUUGCUACAGUAUAUAAAGGAAAGCAAUUUGGUGCACAAGGUCAGUGGGUAUGGUGAAAAGGUAGCUAGCUUGCAGGAAGGUUUGGCUCUCAAUCGUAAUGGAGAAUUUGGUGAGGAAGGAAGCACUCUUUCCAGUUUCCGGGCAUUAGUGGACAUGUUGAUGUCACUGACAAAUAAUGAUGGUGAUGGACGGAUGAUAAUCUCAAAAAUGAGAUCAACAUGCUCUGGGCUACAAGGAGGUUUCUUAAAAUAUGUUAUGCUCACAGGGGAAAAGAUUUUCUCCGAGAUUGUGGAUGAAGCACAUGCUGUCAUAUUGGCAGGUGGGACCCUGCAACCCAUAGAAGAGACAAGGGAGCGGCUGUUCCCAUGGUUACCGCCAAAUCAGCUGCAUUUCUUUUCAUGUAGUCAUAUUGUCCCUCCUGAGAGUAUUUUACCAAUUGCAGUUUCACGUGGCCCUUCUGGUCAAUCUUUUGAUUUUAGCUACAGCUCGAGAAGCUCAUUGGUUAUGAUAGAGGAGUUAGGGCUCUUGCUUUGCAAUUUGGUGGCAUUUGUUCCUGAAGGGAUUGUUGUGUUCUUCUCCUCAUUUGAAUAUGAAGGACAGGUCUAUGAUUCAUGGAAGAAGUCGGGCAUUCUUGAAAGGAUUAUGAGGAAAAAGCGUAUAUUCAGAGAGCCGAGAAGUAACUCUGACGUGGAACUCAUCCUCAAGGAAUACAAGGAAACAAUCGAUGGAUUGUCUAGUGGCACAAAAGAAGAUGGAGUACGUCAUAAUGGUGCAGUACUCCUAGCUGUAGUUGGUGGAAAGAUAUCAGAAGGCAUAAACUUCAGUGAUGGGAUGGGCCGAUGCAUAGUAAUGGUUGGGCUGCCCUACCCAAGUCCAUCUGACAUGGAGUUGAUGGAGAGGGUGAAGUAUAUUGAAAGUUUGGGAGAGCCAAACUGUGGUAAGCGUCCCGAAAUUUCUGUUGGUGAGCACUAUUACAAUGGGGAUGUUCAGACAGCUUUCAGUAUCCUAAGAAGUUGCAGGCGCAGAGGAAAAGAAUAUUAUGAAAAUCUCUGCAUGAAAGCUGUAAAUCAAUCAAUUGGAAGAGCAAUACGGCACAUAAAUGACUAUGCAGCAAUAUUGUUGGUUGACAUGCGAUACGCAUCAGACUCCUCGAAAACAAGCUUCUCUCAUCCAACAAACAAGCUUCCUCUGUGGAUAAAAGAUCGUCUUGUUUCUGCAACCAACAAUUAUGGUGAAGUUCAUAGGCUACUGCAUCAAUUCUUCAAAUACAAUAAGAAGAGAGAGUGUCAAUAGAAUGUGCUGGAGAAAGAUCUACCAGCAUUGAAGAAGCAAUAGUGGAAAGGAAAUUUUGCAAGGUUGGUGUUGCCAAAGCAAGAUCCUGGGAGAGUUGAGUAUGAAACAGGUGCUGAUCUAGGGUCAGUUUUGCAUAAUGAAUCCCCGGCCAAGAAAACUUCUUCGAAGAAGGAUAUUGUACGAGGAUAAUUAGAGAAGUAGCAUAUUCACCUUUAUUGAAUACCAUUUGAAGCUGAUUAGGCGCGGCACAAUAAACUGGAGAUAACGCUGGCAUGAUAAUGACAAUCGUGUUCAGGUUUCAGUGACUUGGAUCCAUGAUUAAACCAUAAGAUUCUGAAGAAUGAACUAAUGCACACAAGUUUGGGUUCUGUCAAGGAACAUGUCUUUGUUGUGUUAUGUAGAGUGGACUUCUAGUUCUAUAAUUUUAUCCGGUUAUGUGAAUAUCAUGAAACAUAUAGAGUAAUCUAAAGAAGUUACAAAUUCUUUUUCGGACA